CUUAUAUCCUAGUAGAAGUCUAUGAUGAAGAACUUGCUGCUUGCUUGCGAUAUAUAUAGAUACAGUGAGGACCGGAAAUAUACCAAUAUCCGAAUGGAGAAACAGGGCAACGGACAGCCCACUUAAGGCCAAAAACUCUGCUUAUAAGGUGUUAACCUAACUACAAGGGGGCAAACUAAUAAUGGGUGACAGAGUAUUCAAUGUCCAGAUAUUUUGGGCAUUUGCACGGCUAUCGUCAAAAAACCAAGUUAAG